GCUCCGACAAGACAGGCUCGUAGGAAGCGGGCGGGGGGUGUGUAUAUCAGCUAAUGUAGGCUGAUCAAACAUUGGCCACACAUUUUGUUACCCACAAAGAUAUAAAGGUCUUUUGAGGCUAAGGUCAAAUCAUCAUGGCUGCAGCCUCCCAUCUGUUCAGAGUCGCCCUUGGCAGGAAAUUUGGUCGGAUCUUCAUACCAGCCAUUACAUGCCAAAACUGCUGCCAGUCUCUGCCAUCCUGCACCAGUGCAACUCACGCAUACAGCUUCGAUCAAAGAUGGCACCAGUCACGGGGAUACAGGACAUCAUCUGCAUGGCGCACGUACUACCUGAGCCCACCUCAGGUUAACAGCAUCUUAAAGGCGAAUGAGUACAGCUUCAAAGUUCCAGAGUUUGAUGGCAAAAACCUCAGUUCAGUUAUGGGCUUCGACAGCAACCAGCUACCCGCCAAUGCACCCAUCGAGGACCGGCGAAGCGCUGCGACGUGCCUACAAACACGUGGAAUGCUCUAUGGUGUGUUUGACGGUCAUGCCGGCUGCGCCUGUGCGCAGGCUCUCAGUGAACGUCUUUUCUACUACAUCGCCGUUUCGUUGCUACCGCACGAGACGUUGGCGGAGCUGGAGAAUGCGGUGGAGAACGGUCGGCCUCUUCAUCCAGUCCUGCAGUGGCACAAGCAUCCCAACGACUACUUCAGCAAGGAAGCCUCACGGCUCUAUUUCUCCAGCUUGCGCACGUAUUGGCAGGAGCUUCUAGAUCUGAGCGUUCCUGGAGAGCAGCCUGACGUUGCAGAAGCGCUCGUGAGUGCCUUCAAACGGUUGGACAAUGAUAUUUCUCUAGAAGCGCAGGUUGGCGACCCUAACGCGUUCUUGCACUACUGGGUGCUUCGCGUGGCAUUCUCGGGAGCCACGGCGUGUGUCGCACACAUAGAUGGAAAUGAGUUGCUCCUGGCCAACACCGGAGAUGGGCGUGCGGUGCUGGGUGUACAAGAACCCGACGGGUCUUUCUCAGCACUAACGCUAACAAACGAUCACAGUGCGCAGAAUGAGUCCGAGGUGCACCGGUUACGGUCCGAGCACCCACGUUCCGAGGCGAAGACUGUGGUCAAGCAGGAUCGGCUGUUAGGGUUGCUCAUGCCCUUUCGUGCCUUCGGAGACGUUAAGUUUAAGUGGAGUAUCGAGCUGCAGCGCCGUGUUCUAGAGUCAGGUCCCGACCAGCUUCACGAGAACGAACACGCCAAGUUUAUUCCCCCCAACUACCACACGCCACCCUACCUUACGGCGGAACCGGAGAUCACCCGGCAUCGCCUCCGUCCGCAGGACCGUUUCCUGGUGCUGGGCUCGGACGGGCUGUGGGAAACGCUACACAGACAGGAAGUGGUGAGGAUUGUCGGCGAGCAUCUCACCGGAGUGCACCAGCAGCAGCCGGUGAGCGUCGGUGGAUUUAAGGUGACCCUGGGUCAGAUGCAGGGAUUGUUGCAGGAGAGAAAAGCUCGCAUCUCGUCCACGUUUGAGGAUCAGAAUUCAGCCACGCAUCUGAUUCGGCAUGCUGUGGGGAGCAACGAGUUUGGGAUGGUGGAUCACGAGAGGUUGUCAAAGAUGCUGAGUUUGCCAGAGGAACUGGCUCGCAUGUACAGAGAUGACAUUACCAUUAUUAUAGUGCAGUUUAACCCACAUGUUAUUGGCGGACAGUAAAACUGAACAUACCUUUUUUCACAUGCCCUCUGUUACAGUUACAUAAAUCAUCUUGUGCACACUGCAUUCUCAGUAAUAUCUGCAAAACAAGAGCUAUACCAGUGGAAUGUAUUACUCUGUAUGUAAUGAUGUUCAUUUUUAUUUUCACAUAUUCAUGGCAGCUGCUUUAGAAGGGGGAAUCGUGAUAUCUCAGUAGGUAAGUGAUGUCGAUUCCCAUUGUACUGCUGUGUGGCCAAACAGAAUCUGCACACUGUUGAAAUGUAUGCAUAUAAUUUCAGCACAUUUUGCAUUGUGGAGAGAGUAUAUAUGGUGAGGGUGACUUCAAUGUACGAAGUGCCAAAAUCUGUCUUUGUUUUCAUUUUUUAUGAAAGCGCAAACUAAUGCAAAGGUCAUUUAAAAAUGGUGAGCGAGUGAAUGAGAGAGGAAAAAUGAAAGUAGCAAGUGAUGUCCAGACAGGAUGCUUUUUUAUUUGUGUUUACUGUCAUUAAGAUAUGGCAGUUGAAUUAUGAGAGAAGUUGCCUUACCGUUUUAUUUAGGUUUUAACUGUUUAUUUUAGUAUUGACUUUUUCUUCUUAAUAUGUAUACACGUAUAAAAUAUGUCAUACGCUGUACGUCUUGUUGUAAGCAUGGCUUUGGUAUAUGCGGUUUUUCAAAGCACGUCUUAGAGUUUGAGGGUCAUUAAAACAUUGCUUUCUUAUAACUGUAAAAAUUCUGCUAAAUGCAUAGUUUAAAUGCUAGUUUUCUCCUUUUAUAUAGAAUCAGAAGCUGGCGUAAAGACUUUCACGUCAUUUUCUUUAAAAAGUGACAAAUCCAUGAGAAUUGAAAAAUCUUUCAUCAUUUACUCACCCUCAUGUCAUUCUAAAUCUGCAUGUCUUACUUUCUCCUGCAGAACAUGUUAUUUGGACACGAAACCACAGAGACAUUUUUCUAAAUAUCUCCUUUCAAGGACACGAGGGUGAAUAAAUGACAGGUUUGUGUUCUGUUUGGGUGAACUAUACCUUUAAUUGUCAUUUAAUCUGUGCAAUGUAACAAGACGCACAACAGCUACAGCGAAUACCAAUUACAAGAGAUUCUUUUUACUUUUGUUAUUAUUACUGUAGUCCAUCUUCAGUUUUUCAAGCUGUGUGAUUGUCUGCUAGGUUUUUUUUGUGCACAGCUCUUGCACAAGAACACACAGCUGAUUAGCACAUGAAAUGUUCAGAAUGAUAGUGGAUUAGCAAACAGUGUUAUUGGGGUAAUAUAGUCAUAAAGGUAUGGACCGUGAGUUUGCAGAAGUGUACAUGUAACGCUUUUUCUCGGAAAAGCAAUAGCUUAAUACUUGAAGUAAAUAUAUGCUGCAGCUUGUUAAGCUUGACAGGUGUCUUUUACAAUGUUUUGCAGCAUGUCACUAAUGUAUUUAACAAUAUGACUGGUGGUUCAUCGGUGUGAAUUGUAUGAGUACUCUUGCUUUUUUGUAUUGAGAAUAUUUUAAUAAAAAUGUUCUA